UAAAUGUGGUUUUUUAAUGCUUCAGGUUGAACGCCGAACGUCAUGCAUGACUUUGAAAGCUUCGUUUCAGAUAUUCGCGAAAUGUGAGGUGAAAUCAACGCGUUAGAAAAAGCUGGACGAUGAACAGAACGAAAGAAGUUAUUUCCUUGUAUCGAUCCUUGUUGAGGUACGGAAAAUCCCUGAAGUGGACCAGCAAAGAAUAUUAUUCUGGAAGAAUCCGUUCUGAGUUUGAAAAGAAGAAGAAUUUGACUUCGCCUGCUGAAAUCGAUUAUUGCCUUAAAAAAGGCUUGGAAUUUCUGGCGAAGAAGCGACUUGUUUAGAAGAUGGGGACUUUCCGCGUCAUUCUUCGGAAGUAUAUCUUCAGCUUACCAUCGUUGAACGAAUCAAAGGGCUUCGCUACAACUUCAUGCAGCAAUAUUCGCAGAGAUCAGCUGGACUUCACGAAUUUCCCGAAACUCGACGACAAAGAUCUUGAAGAAAGUUUCAUCAAGGGAGGUGGUCCUGGUGGACAGAAGGUCAACAAAUCAGUCAAUUGUGUUCAGCUCAGACAUGUUCCCACCGGAUUGAUAGUGAAAGUGCAUCACAGCCGUUUUCAGCACGACAAUCGCAAAAUUGCGCGAGAACUUCUGCUUGAGCGGUUGGAUGAGCACUUGAACAAGGACAUGAGUAUAAGCAAUCAGAAGAAGCGAUUGCUUGCAGAAAAAAGUAAACGCUCGAGCUCCAAGCAAAGCAAGUUCGCCAAAAUGAAGGCAAUGUGGAAGGAACGCGAAGGAAUAACCUGA